UUGUAGCUGUUGCUUGAAAUAUGUUUCACUUUCGGACAAGUGCAACUUACAAUGUUAAAAGAGUGCUGGACUGUGCGACAACAAUAUAAAGUUUGAUCAGUAUGGAGCGGCAUAAAUCACUGCCUCUAAUAUGUGGACAAGCGUUAGCUGCAGAGACGAAAUGUUUUACCUGUUGCCUACCUGAAUAAACGUAUACUGUUUCUUCAGCUAUGUUGAUAAGCUGAUGCGGUAUGACAAGACUGAACCAAAAUUUGUUGGUUUUGUCUAUAUUUUGUGCAAUGUGUACGAUCGUGUUCGUACAUUUGUUUAUAUUUCCCGUCUAUCAGGCGCAACCGAAGAAAAAGGUAAUGAAAUAUUUGGGUGAUUACGAGCAGUCGCUUUGUACGUACAAUCUAAAACUAUCACGUACACGUUCAGGAAGGUAUCACUGUCCGAAAGAUGGCAUUGUUACUGUUUCUCAAGGUGGUCGCCUUGGAAACCAGAUGUGGGAAUAUGCUUCAGUAUGGGCAGUAGCAAGGAGAACAGGAUUGGAACCGUAUGUACCAAGGUGCAUUCGUAAAGUGCUUGACGAAAUAUUUGAUGAUCUCAGUAUACCACCGCUUUUUUAUGUCUCUCAUUGCCCAGCAAAAUGGGAUGGAAUUAUCAAGUCCCCAGAUUGGUGGAUGUACACAAACCAGAGUAUUCUUUUGCCUAGGUUUUCCAUUUUACCAGAGCUAGUGCUUUCGUGGGUUGAUGACAUAAGACAUGAAUUUAAGUUUAAGAAGAAAUAUGCAGAUGCCAGUCAAAACGUUCUUAGAACUGCUACACAAUUGAUGAACAAUAGCAAUUUAACUUUUGUUGGUGUUCAUGUGAGGAGGACAGACUAUCGGCAGUAUCUGUGGAGAACACGAAAAAUGAAUUUAGCAGGUCCUGAAUAUUUUCAUAAUGCAAUGGGCUAUUUUCGUGAGAGGUACAGGAGUGGUGUUGCAUUCUUGGUGGUAAGUGAUGAUCCGAGCUGGUGUCGACAUAACCUGGUAAAAGAUCACACUGAUGUAUUUGUUGUGAGCAAAGCAGGUGUCACCAGCCCAGGUCAAGACCUUGCCACCAUGGCUGCUUGCAACCACUCAAUUAUAGACUAUGGUACCUUUGGUGUAUGGGGUGCAAUCUUGGCAAGUGGGGAAACUAUUCUAUAUAAUAUAACUAAACAUUCAUCUGUACGUGUGUCUGAAUUACUUCCAAAUUGGCAUAUAAUGAGUUAGCAAUUCUGAUACAUGUCGAUGAUGUUGGAGGUUUAGUUCAUUUUAUAGAAACUUGAGUCUUGUAGCUAUAUGGUUGUUGGAUAUGAAGUAUAAUCUUGUAAUGUGAUACCUGAAGUGUUCAAAAAUCGUGUUGUAAGCUUUAUUUUUCUCUAGUCAUAAAUACAAAAGUAACUUAUGUUUGGGGCCUAUAUAAUAUGUAAUUUGCUAAUUGUGACCUUUUUUCUCCACUUGCUUGGAGGUGUGCAUCAGUUUACUUGGCGGCUGGCAGGUAUUGGUACUUGGGGAUGUGAAGAGAUUGUUUGCUAUGCUGAUUUGUACAUUUAUGUGAUAUUUUUAUGUUUGAUUCCUUAUUAUAUUUUUGGAUGCUGUUUCUUUUUAAGUAUAUAUGCUUUUGUAGAAUCUACAUUAGACAGUUGACAUAUUUUCUUAUACUUAUAGUACCUACUCUUACUGUAUCAACAACUGAAAGUAUGUAUGUUAUGGUCUCUGCUAUAAGAAGUUGUUGUUUGUACCAUUAAAAGUGCAGAGAAGAAUGAAAGAGGCUUUGUCCAGAGAAGAUAAGGCACCAUUUUUGAAAUAACCAUUGUGGUUAUUGGUACCAACACUGCAAAAUAUACUUAUGAGCUGUACACCACUUUGCUUUGUUUUGUAUGUUUACUUUGUGCAAUCAAGUAUAAUCAAGCAAUGCAAGUAGUUGUUCAGUGGAGUUAUAAUCUAAUCAGAAAAGUGAUUCAUAUUAUACAGAAAAACAGUAUAGGAUAAAAGGGGAACAUCAAUUACAGCUUAUGGUAAAAGUUACGUGUUGGACUCCCCUUGCAUAUUUCAAUAUUGUGCAGAUAUAAACAUUAGACUUCACUACCAAUUAAUUUGUUACCUACCAAUUAAUUUGUUACCACAAUCUUCUGCUUUCACAUUCAUUGGCUUCGCCAACUCGCAACCAAAUUCGCCUUCCAACCUGACCUAGA